UGUUAUUAAACAAGUAUUUACUCAGUAAUUUUGGCUAUAAAUAUCCGAUUUUUUUGACCAUGUGUCAUAUGACCGCGUGCGCCUUGCUGAGCUACGUCGCCAUCGCCUGGAUGAAGGUGGUCCCCAUGCAAUCCGUGAGAUCGAGGUCCCAAUUCCUCAAGAUUGUGGCUUUAAGUGCCAUUUUCUGCGCCUCCGUUGUCAGUGGAAACAUCUCUCUUCGAUUUAUUCCUGUCUCUUUUAAUCAAGCCAUUGGCGCGACGACUCCUUUCUUCACCGCUGUGUUUGCUGUGCUUUUGACAAUGAGGAGGGAGGCCUGGCAGGUGUACACGGCUCUGAUACCCGUCGUGCUGGGAGUGAUUCUCGCGAGCGGGGGUGAGCCUACAUUUGUUUGGUAUGGCUUCCUGAUGUGUUUGAUAGCAACGGCGGCACGCGCACUGAAGUCUGUUCUCCAGGGCAUAUUAUUGUCGUCAAAUGAUGAGAAGCUGAACUCCAUGAAUCUGCUGCUGUAUAUGGCACCUGUCUCCGUCGUAUUGCUGCUUCCCGCAACGCUGUGGAUGGAGGGCAAUGUGUUAGGGAUAACCAUUCGCCUAGCGCACGAGUCUGGAGCGAUUGUGUUUUAUCUCCUUGCGAACUCUACUUUGGCGUAUUUCGUCAAUCUUACCAACUUCUUAGUCACCAAGCACACAAGCCCCCUCACUCUGCAGGUACUUGGGAAUGCGAAGGGUGCAGUUGCGGUCGUGGUAUCGAUCCUACUUUUCCGGAACCCAGUCUCUGUUGCAGGCAUGGUGGGGUAUAGCAUCACUGUCGGAGGUGUGCUUUUGUACAGUUAUGCCAAGAGACAGUACAAGUGAUCUGGCCGCAGUUGGUAGCGCGUCGGAUGAUGAGGGUAGCAACAGUUUUGAUUGCUCGCUUGACGAGGUGUCGUUCAAAACAGUCAGACAGAAGUAACAAGUGCGGGGAGGCCCGGUGGGAACGGAGACGGCAACGACACCUUGGAAAGGAGUGCGUCCGCAUGUUGACACGGGGCAAUCGCGGAAGCGUAGGAUCCGUCCGUAGUUUGCGGCCAGGACACGGAAGGUUGGUGGUAUGGCUGCAACGAUUGGCCAAUGCCAACUCGGAAGGAAUUUGGAUAAGCAUCAUAAUCAUUUUUUUUUUGUGACUUUUUCACUUUUCUUUUUUUGGUUUGGCAGCUUGCACGCAGCGCAGGCAGUAAGUAUGUCGUGUCGACCGUCGAAAGAUUGUUCCGCCUGUUGUCCCUUGCGUGGGUUUCGGCUGCAAGCCUCCUACGCACAGAUGGCCUUCCGCUUCUGACGAGUGGCGAACAUGUCUGCGCGAGACGUGUUGCCAGAGGCCUGGGAGUCGUUCGUCGUUCAAGAGAGAGCUGUAUCUCCGCUCUCUCUUUUUCUUCAUAAGGCUAUUAGCCAUUAUUCCAUGACUGUCCUGUCUUCCCUGAAGGGACCAGGAAAUGCCUUUGUAACACUGACACUAACAGUUCCAGUUCCAGUUCCAGUUCCAGUCCCAAGUUCCAGUUCCAGUGUGUUGUAGGAUUGGUGGCGGCGCGGUGAUGAGUGUUGGGGGCAAUAAAGGAAGGACGAAGUCCGACGAUGCUACAAGAUCUGUAGAGGAGGGGGAUUCCUGUCUGCGGUUGUGACCGACGAGGGGCUUGAUUCGGCUGGGGACUGACUCACGCCGUCGUUCCUUCCUUCGGUCGAGUUGUGGGCAAGGAGGUGGAGAGAGAGAGAGAGUUUGUUCCAACGAGGGGGGGGGGGGGCAUGAGAAUGCGGAAAUUGCGAGGAGUAGGUCAUCAAGCUGUUUUGCAUGUUGAUGACCCAUUGGGAGAUCAAGUUGGGUGAUCGAUGCGGUGAUAGUCAGCGGGCGGGCGGGUCCGCAAAGGUAGGGUUUUACUUUUCCUUCCCGGAGGACGAGAGGUGGAGUUCCGCUUUGUGUCGAUCGUGUCAGUCUGUACCUCAGCCAAUGCUGAUCGUCUGCUCGUGACUAAAUGCUGAAGUCGUGAGCGCAGAUGGAAAACCUGUACAAGGUCAGUUUUGCCGGCAGGUGAUAGUCAAAGAAUGAGUCGGCGAGAUGAAAAACGUUUUUGCUGAGCUCUGCGGGAGUGUGGAGGCGGUCAUAGCAGUUUGAGAAUGCAAACUGGGCCCCUAUGGCACUGGGCCCAUGGGACUGGACCCAUGGGCAAGAUGUCCCAAAGAAAUUUGAAUUUGGUCAGUUGAGGGAGGCAGGCGGGGCAGGGGGAGGGGGGCGGGACGCCGGGAGCGAUUGGGAAAUUAUGCAACUCUGUGUGGGGCUCUGCAAGACUCUGGAUAUGACCGACGUUGGAGCCAACGUUUAUGCGAUUUGAUCUGAAGAUUCUUUCUACGCUCUUCGGGACUGGAGGAAAGGUGGUUGGCAUUGUCAAUAUUUUCCCAGACGAUAGGAGCGAUGCUCUAUCGUCCUCCCUUUUUUUUUUUUAAAGUCCUGAAAAUGGGAUGACCCCUGCUCUCUGACCCUGUGUCAGGAAGCAGUAGUACUGCUUACUCUUCUGGUCUCAGCUUGAUGGGAGUGAAAUUGAAUUAAGUCAAUUUAAUUGGUCAUGCCUUGGAUUAACAAAUGCCCACAAUGAAAUGCUGGAAUACCUUUGAAGCACAACUACAGAUUUGGACUGUAGGCUGCUAUCCCUUUAUAUGAAGUGAAAGCUGGUGAUGAAGAGUUUUGAAGGCUUUGCUAAUCUUUGGAAAUGUAUGUGGCUGACGUCUCUCCGCAUGCCAAAAGCUAGGGUAGCGCUAAGGAAGGGAGAAGGAAAAGGAGAGGAAGAUGUGUGUGUGUGUGUGAGCGUGCGCGCGCACGCAGGGGAGAGAGAGAGAGAGAGAGAGAGAGAGAGAGAGAGAGAGAGGAAGGUCUGUGCAGCCGCCAUCUAUUUUUCCACGGAACUGACGUCUAUUUCGCAAGGUGAAAAGCUUUGACAGCUGUUCGGCUUGGAAUUGUCGAUCAUUCGGUUCUUCCACCUGGUCAUGCUGUGUGUCCCUGUGCAAGACCAGUGGUGAAAAAUAAAGCCAUGAUUCUUGU